GCCAAGACACACACUCCCUAUCCCCGUCCAGGCUACUGGGCGCAUCUGGGACUGGAGACGGGACCAGCCUUGCAGGAGCCUCUGCCCGGCCUCCGCCCUCACUCAGCCGCAGGGGGCAGGGCCCAGGCACCCAGGCAGAGCCUCUUACAUAAGCAGCCCUGUGGGGGGCGAGGCUGCAGCUGGGCUCCUCCACUCUGUCCUCCCCCAGCAUCACGAGCCUCCAGUGGGCUGUCCUUGAGCCCUGGGUGGAGGCCAAGCCAGGCCCAUAAAUAGGGGUCUCUCUAGUGGCCUCUACUCCCCCUGCCGGCCUCCCUCCCUCUGCCUGCAGUGCUGGCAUCCCGGCCCUGGUCACACACUCGGCUCCAGGACAAUGACCGCUCUGCACGCGCUGUGGAUGGGGCUGGUCCUGCUGGGGGUCCUGGGAGUCCUGCAGACGCAGGCCCAGGCCCCCGUCUCCCUGCAGCCCAACUUCCAACAAGACAAGUUCCUGGGGCGCUGGUUCACCUCGGGCCUCGCCUCCAACGCGAGCUGGUUCCGGGAGAAGAAGAAUGUGCUGUCCAUGUGCAUGUCCGUCGUGGCCCCUACCGCGGACGGAGGCCUCAACCUCACCUCCACCUUCCUCAGGAAAGAGCAGUGUGAGACGCGGACCCUGCUGCUGCGGCCGGCGGGAGCCCCCGGCUGCUACAGCUACAGCAGUCCCCACUGGGGCAGUACCCACGACGUGUGGGUGGUGGCGACCAACUACGACGAGUACGCGCUUCUCUACACCGCGGGCACCAAAGGCCUCGGCCAGGACUUCCACAUGGCCACUCUCUACAGCCGCACCCAGACCCCGAGGGCCGACAUCAAGGAGAAAUUCACCACCUUUGCCAAGACCCAGGGCUUCACAGAGGAUGCCAUUGUCUUCCUGCCACAGACCGAUAAAUGCAUGGAGGAGCACAAGUAGGAGACCCCGGCCCCCAGGACCUGGCCAUCCUGCCCUGCUCUGCUCUUCCCUCCAAGACCCCCAAGGCCCCAGCCCUGGCUCCUCCCUGCCCCCACCUCUGUGCCCUCUGGCUUUCUCCUGGCUCUGAGAAUAAACUCCGGAAGCAAAUCAGCCGUCCAGCUCCUGCCCGUCUGUCCUGCCGUCUGUCCUGCCGUCCUCGCUGCCCACGGCUUGGCUCUGGCCUGCUCCCUGGGGACCUGACCACACCCCACUAACUUUGGGCCUCAGUUUCCCCUUCCCCUCUGGAAAGUGUCUGAGGCUGGCUCUCAGUGAUGUCGCCUAGGGGUGGGCAAGGGCCCACUCGUGUUUGCUCCUGGUGGGGCGGGUCCGAAUCAGGGCCGCUGAGGAGAAAUACUAUCACGGCCCUCCCACAAUGCACGCCGGGCUCUGACCUCACCGCACCCCCUCCAGCCACACUCCUGCAAGCUGCCCCUCCAGCCGGCAGGUUCUGGGCUGGGGCCCAGUCACCUCCUAAUCCCUAGGCAGGUGCCUGGGGCCUGCCCCCACACCCCAAGUCUAGAGAGGCCUGAGGCCCAGGGAAGCUUUGCCUCCACUGGGUCUUGGAAGGUGUGGGGUUAGUACACUCAGACUAGACUAGACUCAGGCCAGAGAUCAGGGUCCCAGAGGACAAGGAGGAAGGGGCUGCCCUGUCCAUGCCCCCCACACUGGGACGGACAGACUGAGUGGGCUGACGACCAGACACCCUCAUCCCUCUGGGUACUGUGGUGACUCCUGUCCCACCUUUCCGGCCCCACCCUUUCACCAGACCCCUGGCACCAAAGCCACCCUGGGCCCUGGAGCACGGUCUCCCUGACCAGCCCUGCCCCACGUCUCCCGCUGUCCACCAGGUUCCAGGCCCUGCCCUGAGCCCUCCUGGCUCACAGUGGGCAGCACCCACGGCAUCCUGCCCACCAGGCCCCCACCCCGGCAAACUUCAGCCAGGCCCUAUAGAGGCACCAAGAGUUGUGAGGCUCAGAGGUGAGGGUGAGCUUCUUGGCAGGCUUCCUGGAGGAGGGGGUCUGGGGGCUAUGUCUGAGCUGAGAGCUGGGGGCAGACAUCCCAGAAAGCCUGCCAGAAGUUCUCUCCCUGCAUCGAAGGAUCUGAAGUCUCAGGAGGAAACGCCACCGGGGAUGGGCGGGGUUCCGUGGAUACAGCUGAGCCCCUGCACUGCAGGGUGCAACCAGAUCCCAGCCUGAUCUCAGUAGGCUUGGUCCCAGGCCAGCAGCCACCCGAGGGCAUCUGGGGGGUCAUAAAGGCUGGGCAGGAGAGGCCACCCCAGCUCUCCUGCUAAGAACCAUCCUCCACAAUGCUGCAGAUGCUGCUGAUCAGUUGGGUCUUCGCCUUGCUCAGGGUGUCCCUAGGCCAGGCCCAGGUCCCCAUCCAGGCCAACUUUGAUGCCAGCCAGGUGGGCCCAGGCACCCCCAUGCCAGACCCAUCCUGUCCUCCUCAUGGAUGACCCCCUUGCUUCUCCAUCCAGGUCCCAGGGGCCAGCCAUCAGCUGGAGGGUGGGCUGUGUGGGGAGGACAGCGGGCUCCUUAGGCU